CAUAUAUAUGUACAUAUGUAAAUAUGUCAGUUGGCGGUGUCGGGCGCUUUGAAUGAAAUAUGGCUCUAAAGCCGGUGAUUGUGUGCAGGAAGCUCCCCUGAGCAGGUUUCGUAUAGAAAUCCAUGUGAAUCAAGUUGGAACCCGUGUACGCGUUGUUUUUACGUGGCGGCAUCUGUCUGUUCUGUAAAAAUCGAAGCCACAACAAAACAAUAAUUGCGCAAAAGAGUGGCACAAAAUAGUCAAGAGGAGACUUCUGGAAGUUUAAACAGAUUCACCUCCAAGCGAAAGUGUUAAGUUUUAGAGUGUUUUGCUGUUCAUGUUAUUUGGUUGUCCAAAACCCGUGUGUGUUUUUUGUUGUGGUCGGUCGGCAGAGGCAGCGGCAGCGGCAGCGGGCAGAGCUUAUGCAAAUGUGGAACGGCUGCUCCGCGCUGCUUGGGGCACAUAAAUUGCAAUCGAAGUGGAAACUUUUAUGAAUGAGUCUUCUGCCAGGACACGCAGGAGCAGCAGCAGCAGCAGCAGCAGCAGCAGCAGGAGGAGUAGCUACGUGAGGAGCGCCACUGGGGAGUGGAAGAGUGGAGCAUCCCUUAUCCAUAUCCAUCCAAGAUGGCCUUCAGCUAUGCGUGCAUGGUGCUGCAGCGCGUGGUCGUGCCGGCGGUGCUGGUUCUGGCUUCGCUGAUGCGGCCGGUGGGCAUAUCAUUUGUGUACCUUCUCAUGUUCUUCAUGUCGCCAUUUGUGCCCCUGGCCACGAGACGUACCAUCAAGGGAUCAGUCACCGCCUUCUUCAUCAUCCUGCUGUCGCUGAGCACUCUAGUCCUGCUGGGGCACAUCGCCCUACAGAUCCUAGCCGUCAGCACAGCGCUGCCCAUCUACAAUUGCUCCUUCAGCGAGCGACUGCUCAGGCACAUUGGCUUCGUGAGCUUCAUCGAUCUAAAGCCCCUGGCCAUCAUUGAGUGGCUGGCGCCGGAGGUCCUCGUGUUUGCCACCUCUCUUGGCUCCUACCUCACCGUGAAGCGACUGGCCGCACAGCCCAUCAAUGCCGAGCAGCUGGAGAAUGGCGAGCUGAUUGAGGCGCAGUCCGCGGACCACGCACAGACGGCUCAGCCCACAGACGCCAAUGGCGGAGAUGUGCAGCAGGCCACGGCAACGACGCCACUGCAACAGCAGCAGCAGCAGCUGCGGAAGCGAGUCUCCAUGAUCAGUCAGCAUAUCCACUUCGAGGGAUUGAUCAAGAUCUCGCCUCUCUUCUGCCUGGCCACGCUGUUCUUUGCGGCGGCGCUGCGUCCCUCGGUGCCGGGUGGAUUCUAUUUUCUCAUCUUCCUGCUGGCCGGCACUUACUGGGCAACCUGCCAGACGCUGCAACGUGGCUUCGCGUUGCUGUUGCGCUGCGUAAUGGUCGUCCUUGUGCUCCACUCGCUGUCCAUUGUGUCCUACCAGACGCCCUGGAUGCAGGGCCACCUCAAUCACACCAGCCUGACGGCGCGUCUGAUUGGUCUGGAGCCGCUCAUUGAAUCCUACUGCUCGCCGGAUAUACGUGUCCUUCUGUACAACAAUACGCUGUAUUUGGACUCGUAUCUGAAUCCGUUUGCGCUGUUCUUUGCCUACUUUGCCUUGGCUCUGACCACGAAGCAUCUGAUCAAGCCCAGGGUGUCUUUGCGCCGUGAUCAGCGCGGCGCAGCGUUGAAUGAACCGACUGAGACGACGCCUCUGGUGCGUCAGAGCACGCGGAAGGGGCGCACAGCCCAGCCCCUGGAGAGUGGAUCCUCGGUGGCACUGGGCGGCACUCAGCGUGGCAACGAAAUCCAGCUGGACUCGCUGGAGCAGCGAUCGGAGCAGGAGAACACCACCACCUCGAUACUGGAUCAGAUCUCCUAUGGCUUUGUCAGUGUGGGGGGAUUCAUCUAUCAGAACAGCUACAUAUUCACCAAUAUUCUAAUGAUGGCCUGGUCCAUAGUGUACCACAGUUGGCUGACAUUCGUCCUGCUGCUGUGGGCCAAUGUGCUGUGGAUGAUCCCCAAUCAGCGCAAGGCAAUGAUGCGUUCCUCUCCGUUCAUCGUGCUCUACGCGGAGGUGCUGCUGGUGGCCCAAUACAUAUACGGCAUGGACCUGAACAACAAUGAGCUACCCACGAAGGUCUCCACGGCGGGCAUCAAUCUGCAGCAGAUUGGCUUCGAGCGGCCCAUCGAGAACCACAUGCGUCCCUGUGUGCCGCUGAUCGUGAAGACCGCCUUCGUGCUGAUGUUCUGGGUGACGUCGCGGCAGUUCUUCAAGGAGAAACGCGACCGGCGAAGGGACAGCACCCUGGCUGACAUCAUUGCACCGCUGCAGAUCACCGUGGGCUCCGCGGGCUCCAGCUACCUCAUCAACGAUGGCAAGAAGACCUCAAAGUUCCUAAAGAAGGCCGGCGAUGUGAUCAAGAAUCUGUUGGUGCGCCUGUGGAUCUGGCUGCUGGUGCUGGUGAUCUUCCUCUGUGCGAUCACCGGAGAGAAUAUGACAGGCUUCCGCAUCUGCUACAUGGCCCUGUUCCUGUUCUUCUUGCUGGUCUUUCAGUCCUCGUCCAAGGCGUGGGUGAAGAUCAUGUACGGCUUCUGGCUGUUCCUCAUCUUCUACGCCAUGUCCAUACUGAUCCUGAUCUACACAUAUCAAUUCGACAAGUUCGAUACGUACUGGAAUGACUAUCUAAAUGUGUCCAAGACGCUACAAAACGACAUUGGCCUGAAGCGCUACCAAACGAAGGAUCUGUUCCUCCACCUCGUCUCGCCCACGAUCAUUGUGAUCCUGACUGUGAUCCAGGUUCAUUAUUUCCACAAGCGCUUCAUUGCCUCGCUGCAACAGCAGCCGGCAGCGGCUGGAGCUGGCGGCUCUGCACAGCAGAAACCCACCGAGACAACGGCCCUGGAAGCGGCGCCCUCAAAGCGUCGCGGCAGUGCCGGUUCCCUGCGUCGCUCCCAGGGCCCCUCAGGCGAGGCGGCGCCCGGCGGUGCCACCACAGACUUUGAGACCUCAGUGCGGGAUCUGGUGCGGAUAUCCUUCCGCAAGAUCAAGAACAAGUCUGAGUACAUCUUCAAGAACUUCAAGGACGUCUUCUGGCGCUUCCUGGAGCUGCAUAUCAUGAAGGCCGUCUACAUUGCCGCCUUUGUGUGCAGCGUCAGCGAGGUCUGUGUCCUGCACAUUGCCUUUGUGGGCUUCUGUGUGCUGGGUGCCACUUCCCGGAAGUCCAUCCAAGUGAUAAUCAGCCGCGUGAUAUCGUUUAUUGUCACCAUCAUUGUGCUGUCCAAGAUGAUCUAUCAGAUUGAGUACCUGAGCCACACCCAGUACAAUGUCUUCUGCUCUGACAACCGCACGGCCAACAACGCCGAGUGGGUGGGCCUCACCAAGGCUGAGAAGCUCGAGGGUGGCUUGAUGAGUCUGCUGCGCACUUACAUCAUCUACAUGGUCAUUGUGACCAUGCACGCAGUCAUCACAUUGCGGCAGCUGCAGAUGAGAGUGAAGAUUGGAGCCGUGAACGCAACGCCCACCAAGCUGCUGUUCCCCAAUAUCGUUCGCGCCGAUGCUGAGAAAGAUCUAGUGGGUCUCGUCAAGUACCUGCUGAAUUAUGCCUUCUACAAGUUUGGCAUCGAGAUAUCGCUGAUUGCUCUGGUCUCCACCAUCACGUACCGCCAGGACAUUGUGGCCGUGGCCUAUGCGCUCUGGCUGGUCGUGCUGCUGCUGCUAAAGCGUUCGCAGUGCGCCAAGAUCUGGGGAGUGUUCCAGGCCUUCUUUGCAAUCUCAAUAGCGAUGCAAUAUAUCGUUUUAGUGGGACUGCCACCAAGCUCAUGUCUGGUUUAUCCCUGGGAUGAGGGCGCCUUUGGGGAGAGCAUUCAACGCUGGACAAUGCUGCCAGGAGCGCUGCACUUCAACCAUGUGCCCAAGCUGAUAUUCGACUUUAUUGUGCUGAUCAUUCUCAAUCGCCAGAAGAGCAUCUUCUGCAUCGAGCAGCGCUACGCCAGCAACGACGACUACCCCGGCGGCAGCAACCGCAGCGUCAUCGCGGACAUUGCCCAACUGGGCAGGACGCCCUUUGACAAUCCCACCCACGACUUCUGCUCGUACAUACGCAACUACUCGGACAUCCUGAAGAACGGGGUGCUGUGCGGCUUCUACUGGUUCACCCUGGCCGUGGUCUUUCUGGCGGGAACCAACAUAGCCGAUCUGCUGGCUCUGGGCUACCUCAUUGGAGCGUUUAUCUUCCUCUGGCAGGGCUCGGAUUUCUAUCUGCGGCCCAUCAACACCAUCAUCAGUCGCUGGAAGUGGCUGCUGGCCUUCAAUGUGACCAACAUUCUCAUCAAGACGAGCUUCCAAAUGGCCGGCUGCCUGUUCAUGACGCCCCUGACCACCCACUGCUGCUGGCUGGUGCACAUGCUGGGCAUCACCUGCACGAGCAACGCGCUCAAGGAGCAACUGAUGCAGGCCGAUGAGGCGGACCUGAUAUUGGCGCCCGGCGAAUGCCCCAAGAUCACCCAUCAAGUGGUGCUGCUGUGGGACACGAUCUGCUUUGCCUUCAUCAUCUUUCAGCUGCGCAUUUUCAAGUCUCACUACUUCUGCCACAUCAUCACGGACACGAAGGCCAACAAUAUACUGGCCUCCAGAGGAGCUGAUAUCAUUGAGGGACUGCGACAGAAUCAGAUUGCGCAUCGCCACGGCCAUGAGAAGCAGGUGCUGCUCAAGAUCAAGCGCAAGAUGGAGCGUAUCCGUGCCACGCAGCAGAAAAUGCUGCGACCCCUGGACAAGCAGACGCAUUUUGAUGAACACGGUUAUCCACUUCCUGCACCAACAGUACGCAGAAGGAAGGAAAUCAAAUUACAUCCACAUGCUACCCGUGCUGGCGACUACUACAUGUUCGAGGAGAUGGAUGACAAGUUCGAGCUGGAUCUGAUACACGACGAGAUUGACUUCCUGGAGGAGGAGAACAUGACCGAGAGCGAGAUGAAGAUGCAGCGUCGCAAGACCCUCUAUGAUAAAUCCAAGGAUGCUCCUGGUGCUGAAUUCCCCUCCACCAGCAAAGGCAUUUCGAAGGAGCGGGAUGAGGCCAGCACGGAAAGUCCGGCGGCUCCCACCCGCGAUGUGGCUGAUCUGCCUGUGAUUCCACCGCCAGCGACCAGCUUGGGACGCGAGCCCACCUACAAGGAGACUUCGGACAGCAAAUCCAAGAUGGAAGUGGACAGCGGUGAGGUGACGGCCAAGGACUCGGACGAGGACUUUGACACGAAUCCCAUCAUCAGGCUGCUCGAGGGCUUCUUGGUCACCCUGACCAUAAGACUGAACCGCUUCUCGCGCAACUAUCGCUACGUCAAUCGCAUUCUGGCUGGCGAGAAGAAGACUCUGAAGGAAUCGAGCUCCCUGAAUCGUCUGGGCCUGUCGAGUGCAGCCAUGUUCCACAUCCUCAAGUCCAACCUCGAGAGCAAUGAGAGUGCCGGCGAGCAGUCACCCGCCUCAUCGUCCACGCCGCGGCGGCCUCUGGCCACGGCAAUCGUUACGCCACCGACUGCAACAGAAUACACAAGCACAAGCACCCCACUAAACACGAAUACAACAACCACACCGCUAUCACCACAAGAUCCACCGCCACCACCAACAACCAGUACGCCAGUACAGCCACAGAAUCAGCCUCAGCCUCAGCACAGUCGACACAGUGCUGUGGACGAUAUCAUCGAACUGCCCGUAGAUACCGUUGACGCAGCCAUUUCUAGAAAACAAUCGAUCAAUUCAUCGCCGCCAGCCAAGGGCACGAUGCUCAGUCGCAAAUCGGAUUGUGGCCUGCCCGAGAUCCGCAUUAAAGCGCCUUCCAUCGAGCGCGGUGCACACUAUUAUAAUCAUCACAGUGCCGGCGGAGGCGGGGGUUCGGGAUCGCUGAGCAAGCACUGGUCCUACGAGCAGGUGGACAGCGCUGGGGACUUUAACUUGGAGGAGGAGAACUUUGCCCAGCGGGAUCAUCACAUUAUCGUCGAAGUGCUGAUCUCCUCGUGGUAUGCGCUGCUUGCCAACACGGAUCUCAUCUGCUACAUAGUGGUGUUCAUCAAUCAGGUCGUCAAUGCCAGUUUGAUCUCUUUGCCGCUGCCCAUUAUGGUCUUUCUCUGGGGCACUCUGUCCCUGCCGCGUCCAACGAAAACCUUCUGGGUCACGCUGAUUGCCUACACCCAGGCCAUUGUGCUGAUCAAGUGCAUCUUCCAGUUCAAGCUAAUCUGGGCCAAUUAUCACAAUCUGCCCAACCAGCCACUGACGGCCGCCAAGAUCUUUGGCGUGGAGAUGAAGACCCACUAUGCAGUGUAUGACUUGAUGCUGUUGCUGGUGCUCUUCCUGCACCGCUACCUGCUCAAGUCGCAAGGACUGUGGAAGUCGGGCUACAAGGACAUAGAUCAGCAGUUUGCGAAACCCACCGCCAGCAUGUACGCCAACAGCGAUGACCGAGAUGACAGCGACAAUCUGUCUCAACCCGACUCCCGCCACCUGAACGAUGAUGCGGCUCAGAAGUUGAGCCUGCAAGUCAGCCAAGUCUCCUUGCCGGGCUCCCCGGAGUACAGCAAGUCGGGCAUCAAUCAGCUAGAACGCACCAAGUACACCUCCUCGUUGCACAAGUUCUUCUUUAGUUUGGUGCAUAAAUCCCGCCUGGCCACAGACGUGUAUGCCCUGAUGUUCCUGUGCGAUUUCAUAAACUUCUUUGUGCUGCUCUUUGGCUUCACAGCAUUUGGAACACAGCAAACGGAAAGCGAUGAGGGUGUGCAGACAUAUCUGGCGGAGAAUAAAGUGCCAAUACCUUUCCUGAUCAUGUUGCUGGUCCAGUUCCUGCUCAUCGUCAUCGAUCGGGCGCUGUAUCUGCGCAAGGCCCUGGUGAACAAAAUCAUUUUCCACUUCUUCUCGGUGAUUGGCAUACACAUCUGGAUGUUCUUCGUGGUGCCGGCAGUGACGGAGCGUACCUUCAACUCGCUGGCGCCGCCGAUCAUCUUCUAUGUGAUCAAGUGCUUCUACAUGCUGCUGAGCUCCUAUCAAAUCAAGUCGGGCUACCCCAAGCGCAUUCUCGGGAACUUCUUCACCAAGGGCUUCUCGAUGGUCAACAUGAUCGCCUUCAAGGUGUACAUGCAGAUACCGUUCCUAUAUGAGCUGCGCACCAUUCUCGACUGGGUGUGCAUCGACAGCACCAUGACCAUCUUCGACUGGCUCAAAAUGGAGGACAUCUUCUCGAACAUUUAUCUCAUCCGCUGCACCAGGCAGUCGGAGACCGACUUCCCAGCCAUGCGCGCCCAGAAAAAGGCGUCCAUCUCGAAGCUGAUUAUGGGCGGCACCAUUGUCCUGCUGAUUGUCAUUUGCAUCUGGGGUCCGUUGUGCCUGUUUGCCCUGGGCAAUGCCGUCGGUACCUCCAAUGUGCCUUUCCAGGUGUCGCUGUCCAUUCGCAUUGGACCCUACGAUCCCAUUUAUACCACCAACAACUACGACAGCAUUUUCGAGAUCGAUCCCACGAUGUACUCGCAAAUGACUAAUGCUUAUAUCAAGGAUAAACAGGCUCUGACCUUCAUCACUGGCUACGACGCAACGGAUGUGGCGGCGGUCAAGCUGGCCGGGAACUCGCCAUCCCUUUGGAACAUAGCACCGCCAGAUAGGCAGCGUUUGCUGAAUGAUUUAAGAAAUAAUCAUACGUUGAAGGCUCGCUUCUCCUACACCCUGACACGGAAGGCACCGGCCAAGGGUUUAAAAGAAAUUGUGGGCGAUGAGCAUGCCAUCUCCCUGGACGAGACUUUCGAAGGACGUGCAGCUCUCAUCAAUAUGCUAAACGAAACCCACGAUUUGGAGCCAACAACGGGCAAUGACACUAGCACCAAUAGCACCAGCACCAAUGGCACUUAUAGCACCGAAGAAGUUGUGGUGCUGCCUGCCAUGAUACCGAAAUUCAUCAAAGUGCUCAACUCGGGCGAUGCCGCUGUGGUCACAGUGCUGAGUCCCAAGAACGAGGAGUACCGUCCUCUAGUCAUCAAAAUGCAUCGAGACAAGGAGACAAACGGACUGUGGUGGGAGAUACGAGACUUCUGCAAUGACACCUUCUACAAUUCCACUCUGAAGGAGUUCGCCUACAGCAACUGCACCUCUGGCAUUGUGAUGUAUACCUUCAACGACAAGAAGUUCCCAUCGACAUUCAGUUUCCUCACUGCUGGCGGCAUCAUUGGCUUGUACACCACAUUCGUGUUAUUGGCCUCGCGCUUCAUGAAGUCGUUCAUUGGCGGGCAGAAUCGAAAGAUUAUGUUCGAGGAUCUACCCUAUGUGGAUAGGGUUUUGCAGCUGUGUCUAGACAUAUACCUGGUACGCGAGGCGUUAGAGUUCGCCUUGGAGGAGGAUCUGUUUGCCAAAUUACUCUUCCUGUACCGUUCGCCCGAGACGCUCAUCAAAUGGACACGUCCCAAGGAGGAGUUCGUGGACGAUGAUGCCGACACCGACUCAAUGAGCGUGCGGCGGUCCGAACAGCUGCAACAGCACCAACAGCACCAGCAUCAACAAUAACAUAGACCCAACCCAAGCGCUUAAGUAAUCUAAAACUGGUCUACGUAUAUAUUACGUAAUGUACGUUACUGUAGGUUUCAUAGUCUUUUUUAAACAUUUUUUAUAUGAACAAACCUAGACAUAGACAAAAAUCUAAACACAAAGUACACAUCACCCCCAUUUAUACGGUCUACAGAUAGUUCGAUUUUUUGUCACAAGUACUGCCCGUGUGUUAAACUAAAAAAAGGUCUAAAGUGUACACCCAACUAUUUUUAACAUACAAACAUAAAUGUGUGCAAGUACCUAUAAACCAUAUAGGAAAAUGUCUUAAGCGAAAAGUGUUGCUGUUUGUUAGUUAAACAAAUGAAAAUACUAGUGAAUUCUAAAGAGAGUAAAUAAUUUAUUUAAGUUAUUACAAAACUAUGUGUGUAUGUGUAUGUACAUCAGUGAAGAUGAAGGUGGAUAAACUAAUAAUAAUCACGAGAACUCAUAUUCAGGGAAUUUUAGCAUUUUACAGAAACCGUAUGUGUAAAGAAUUAACCAAAAUUGAAGCAUCCAACAGUGAAUGUUUCAUAUAUAUUGAUAAAAAAACAAUAAUACAAUAAUAACUUGUAAUUAUAAAUAUCGCUUCGAAUCGCUACGUUGCCUCAGUGUGCCCUUUACAGAAUAUUAAAGAUAUUAUGUAUAUGUUGAACUGUUUGUUAUAGUUGGUAAAAUUGUACUAGUAUGAAUCUGUUGCAAAUACUAUCUACAUAUAUAGUGCGUUGACUUUAGUUAUAGGCAUAUCACAUCACAUCUAUAUUUUUAUAUUGAACGCAAAAAUAUCAUUUGCUUGAGCGACCAUUUACUAGGCAAAUUCAUAUCAAAUACGUACAUAUUGUAUAUGCUAGAGCGCGUAGGCUUUCAAUCGAAAUUGAUAUCUCUCUAACAGGCAAUCUCUUAUACAUAAUUGUAAACUAAACAACACGCCAACUAAAUCUGUAUGUGCUAUUUUAUAUAUAUUAAAUCGAAUUCGAAUUGUGAAUCUAAAAAAUCAAACUAGAGACGAAAACCGAAAAC